GAGCUUCUGCCGGCGCACCAGAGCCCCGGCGCCGGCCACUAAACCCGAGCCCGCACCGGGGCGGGCAGCACCCCUACCCCCCGGGGCCCCUCUGCCACCCCCAACACCCACCACCCUCCACACACACAAUUUAAAAAAAAAUUUCCAGCACUCGGUUUUCUCUAGAGAAGGCAUAAAAAGAAGCAAAGGCAGAGAUGGGACGAGCAGGGAGAAAGCUCCUGCCUCAUCGGAGCCACCGGUUGUCGGGAGAGCGCGGCAGCCCCACCUGCCUGUGGACUGGCCACUGAAAGGUUUCCUGGCUUCUUGGGCCACCCAGAUGAUGUGGGAUGGAGGUGCCAGAACUCACGUGCCCUGCCUCACCUGCCAGGGACCAGCCAGCUCCUGCUCAGGGAGCCCCAGGGGUCCCCGGACGUCAGGCCUCCCCUCACCUGACCCUGGGCUCCAUCAUUCUGCCGCGGGAGCAGGGCCUAGCCCCGGCCCUGUUCCUGAAGGCCCUGCCCAUCUCUCUGUGCCACACAGUGCCUCCCGGGGGCCUCCGGCCACACGCCCCCCUGGUGGCUGGCAGCCUGGACGGGGGCGGUGUGCCCUUCAUCCUCAGCCCCCUGCUGCAGCCUGAAGGACCAGGCCCGACCCAGGUGGGGAAGCCAGCGGCCCCCACACUCACCGUGAACAUCGUGGGUGCCCUGCCCGUCCUGUCGCCGGGCCUGGGGCCCGCGCUGGGCAGCCCGGGCAAGGUGCGGAGCGCCGGCAAGCACCUGUGCCCGCACUGUGGCCGGGACUGCCUGAAGCCCAGCGUGCUGGAGAAGCACAUCCGCUCGCACACGGGCGAGAGGCCCUUCCCGUGCGCCACGUGCGGCAUCGCCUUCAAGACGCAGAGCAACCUGUACAAGCACAGGCGCACCCAGACCCACCGCAGCAACUCGCGGCUGUCCGCGCGGGGCGACGGCGCGGGCGGCCUCCCGGCGGAGGGCGACGCGGCCGCGGGGCUCGCCUCUCACGGGCCCCCCUCGCCGGGGAGCCCCGCGCCCAGCACGCGUCGGGCUCCCUCCGCCGGCGACCUGGGCCUGAGCGCCGAGGCCGGACACCCGCCUGCCGACGGCGCGACCCCUGAGGCCGUGGGCCCCGGGCUGCCCCUGGCCGGCGCGCAGCUCCCGCGCAGGCCGCCCGAGCAGAGGCCCCCGGGCGGCAGGCCCGGCCCCCCGCCGCAGCCCGCGACGCCCUCGGAGAAGCCGUGGGCCGCCCGCGCCGUCGAGGGCCGGCUGCGGCAGUGCGAGAGCACCGACUCGGGCUACCUGUCCCGCUCGGACAGCGCCGAGCCGCCGCCGGCGCCCGCCAGCCCCCUGCACGGCCCGUCCGAGCACGGCGCCGGGCCCGAGGGCGAGGCGGCGCCGGGGCCGCGCCUGGAGCUGGAGAAGCAGCGGCUGGAGGAGCGCAUCUCGCGGCUCAUCUCCCACAACCAGGCCGUGGUGAACGACCCGCAGCUGGACAACGUGCGGCCGCGCAAGACGGUCCUGUCCAAGCAGGGCAGCAUCGACCUGCCCAUGCCCUACACCUACAAGGACUCCUUCCACUUCGACCUCCGGGCGCUGGAGCCGGGCCGCAGGAGGCCUGCCGCCCUCUGCCCUGCCCGCUCCACCCUCCUGGACAGGGCGCGGCCCCGCUUCUGCCACUCCGUGCCCACGCAGCUCUCCACCACCGUGGGGUGCAUCCCCGUCACCAGGAGCAACUCGCUGCCCGUCGUCGAGGGCACCAGGACGUGGCAGGAGCCGCCCGAGCCCUGGGACGCCUGGCCCAGGAGGCAGAAGCCGCUGAGCCCCAGGCCCACGCCCACCCGGCUGUCGAACGUCCCCAGCAGCCACCCCCGGGCCCUGGUCAGACAAGCUGCAGUGGAAGAUCUGCCGUGUCUCCCCGGUGGAGAUACCCCGGCCCCUGCAGAGGACGCGGGUGGAAGGAGGCCCGCUGCCGGGGAGCGGGCGGCCGGCAAGGGCAGAGGGGCCGGGAAAAAAGGCAGCCAGAGGAGGCCGAAGAUGUUUUCCCAGGAGAAGUGGCGAAUGUACGGGAAUGAGACGUUCCAGAGAAUCUACCAGAAAAUGAACACCAGCCACCAUGGGGCUAAGAAGGUGAGGGAGGUGAGAGCAGGCAGUGGGACAGAGCUGGACCCUGCCCUGCAGGAAGAGGCAGCAGGGGGCAAGGCCACGGCCCCCUCCCAGGACGGGGGGAGCCCUGACUGUGGGGACAUCUCUGUAGGGGCCAAGCUGGGGCCUUGGGGAAGUUCACCAGCCCCCGAGCAGAGGGAGACGGUGGACAGAGCAGGAGGUGACAACCAGCCCAGGGCAGACAGCGCCACCUCCCCUGCCACCCGCAGCUGCACAGAAUCCACCUGUCUGGACAGCCCGGAGCUGGAGGGACGGCUGCUCCCAGCACCUGAUUCCUUGAAAGGAAGUGACCUACAUGCCCCCAGGAUGGUUUCCCCAGACCCCAAGCCGGAAAGCAGCACGUGCACAGCGGGUGGCACAAAGGAGGCCUAUGAGCGAGCCCACACUGUCCCCAGGUGGCCCAGCGGUUGCUCUGGGGAGCCUCAGCCUGCAGAGGGCGAGCUCCCCUCUGAGAGGAAGAAGCUGAAGGUGCAGGAGCUGAGCUCCCAGGAGCAGUCGGAGCCUCCGGGGACAGUAGGAGAGACCCCAGAAGGCCCCACGCAAGCCACCUCCCUGCCAUCUCAGAACCAGGACAGUGAGCCCAGGAAUAAGCCAGGGGGUCUGCACACGAGUGCCCACUGCACUGUGAGUGGAAGGGCUCGGCAGCUGGGCGAGCCCCCGGAGGCCACCUGUGCCUACUCCGCUGCUUCUUCUGCAGCCCUGAGACAGGUGGCGCUGAGGGACCAGGAGCCUCUGCCGUGUCCUGCAGCCGCAGCCCCCGGGUGCCCCUCCCAGCUGGCCGCCCAGCGUCAGGCUCCCGGUGUCCUCACUGCUGUGGCAGACACUACCUUCCCCCCCAAGUACCUCCUCAGGUCACCUCAGGGAGCGACCCACUCACCACCACCACCACCACCGUCUGUUGCCCAGGGCCCGGGGCACAGCCAGGAUGCUCUCUGCAGGACAGGGUGGCCCGAGGAUCAGGCUUCCUUCACGGGGUCUGGGCUGCAGACGUUCCUGCCUCCUGGCCCAGCCUCAGGCCUGGCCCCAGGUGACACAGAGGGCUGCAAGGAGGACCCCAGCUGGUCCAGGCAAGGAGUGGGGGAAGACUUGGACACUAGCACCUCAGCCCCCAGGGAGUCUCACGGCCUGGCCUCCGGGGCCCCCAGGGAAAUGGCCUCUUUCCCGCCCACCUCAACACGUGCCUCCCGGAGGAGUGAGACCCACGGCACCCAGCACUGCGGCACAGGCAGCACUCUGGAGAGGACCAGGCUUUCUGGGAGUGUCCUCAACCCCUGUGCACCUGACAGGAAGUUGGGGGUGCCUCCUGAGAAUGCCCCGGAAGGCCCUCCGUCAGGGCCCCUGACCAGGCUCAGUUUCUGCUGCUCCUGCCAGUCCAGCUCCUUCCUUACAACCCUCACACCCUCCAGCUGGUCCGAGCCGACCACGUGUGUCCACUCACAGUCUCCCGGGGGCUGUGGGACCCAGGGCCCUUUCCCCUCACUGACGGCUGAACCCCGGCUCACGUGGUGUUGCUUGAGCCGCAGCCUGCCUCUGCCCAGGGAGCAGGAGAAGGCUGCCUCCGUGCGCCUCGCGCUGCCCUUCCCCCGCGGCAGUCCCCCGGAUGAGGGUCUAGACGCCUGGCUGGUGAGCAGGACAGUGUCGGGCGGAUGCACCAGGACAAGCCCGGGAGGAGGGCAGGCGCAGACAUCCAAGCUCUCCUACCCAAUAGCUCCAAGGAUGGUGUCCUGGGACCAGGUGUCUGAGCCAGAAUGGAAGAAAGGAGUGCCUUGUAGGAAGGUGAAGAUGCCACGUGGCAGCAGCAAGCAGAGAAAGCUGAGCAUCAACUCCAAAAGGCACAAAGGGAAUUUCUUGCCAAGCCGUGUUCAGCUGAGAGGCAGCAGACCACACAAGCCACUCUGGGUGUUGAGGAGAGACUGUCACCCUCCCCCUCUUGAAGGGGCAGGCCCACGCAGGACCAGGCUGGCUUCUUCAGAAACGGCAGGUCUACGUCUGCAAGGGGAGCCAUCCAGUGACCCCUCAAAAUCGUCUGUUUGUUGUGGGAAUGAAGAGAAGGAAGAUGGUGGCAGACAAGCCUCACCAGGCUUCCCUCUGAGCACAAGUUCGAGGACUGUCAGUGCAGCAGACAAAGACAUGGUGAAGGAUAUUUCUCCAUCUGCCAGUGAGCAUGGUGACUGUUGUCUUCAGAAUACUGUUGUUGGGCCAGGACUAUCUCUGCAGUCUGACUCCUGUGUGGCAAUGGUUAAUGACAGACUUCUACCCCAGGGCGAAGGCCUUGACAUGGGAUCGCUGGACACUCAGCUGCCACCCUCCCAGGAGCAAGUCUCACUAGAUCUCAAACCGUGCAUUUUCUCGGAUGUUCAAGAGCCUCCUUCCUUUGAGUGCAAGGGCGCCUCUCUCCACCACGACGAUACUAUCUCUGCAGCUGCCCUUUGUACUUCGGGGGAGAGAGCAGGGCAGCCCACAGAAUUUCCUGAGGCCCCUUCAAAAACCACCAAGAAGAGGAGUUUGGAAGGGAUGAGAAAGCAGACGCGCGUGGAGCUCAGUGACUCCAGCAGCGAUGAUGAGGACCGACUAGUGAUAGAAAUAUGAAGCUUCCGGAGAAAUAUGGCUCCUGCCAUUGGACUGUUACUGCCUUGCAGCCAAUGCCAGCAAGCUGACCGGAGAACUGAGCUCGAUUCUCAAAGCACCUACGGGUUAGGAAAGCCAUUGUAGGGUUUUUCCAAGACGUCCCCAGCCCCCCACCCCAACGCAAGUUAGCCUCGCCAUUCCCAAGGUCCCCUGGGUCAUGCCCUCUGGUGUUCACCUAGCACCAGGUAGGGCAAAGGUGGCCAGGGAGCAAGUCCGGGAACUCGAUACAGAGUGACUGUGGCUUGACUCCCAGCGUCAUCCUCCGCCUGGUCCCCCGCUGCCUCAUCCAGUAGAAGGGCAUUCACGGAGACAGCCACACGUUUGUGAACAAGAGAACCCCGCAGAGUCAAGGUGACGACUUCUUCCAGUAGCAAGCUGAGGGCUUGCUUUAAAGGUGGUAAGAUUACUGGGGUGCAUGGGGUGGCCUGCAAAGGAGAUGGGGUGUGAAUUGGGCACCAAGAUCCUUCUGUUCAUUCUGGAGACAAAAUCCAGAUUCAUUCAAAAACUGAAGCUUGGUUGUAAAUAUACUUCCAAAUGCCUAUGAUUUGGUGAAAUGUUGAUUAUCCUUAAAUGUGACACAAAUGGUCAAUGCAUAUGUAUGACCCAAUGACACAAGCACGUACUGAUCUUGCCCCUGGUCACUUUUCUGUUGAGACCUCUGAAACCUUUGGCUUUUCCAGCUCUUGCAAAGGAACAUUGUGUUAAAAGUUAAUAGAACAGUCUCUGUAAUGAGUCAUUUUUUUUUUUUGAGGGGGAAAAAUUCACUUAUUUUUCUCUGAUUCUUUCUGUCAUAUUGUGCUCUGAGCAAUUUCAAUGAGAGGGUUACAUUUUAGUAAUCUCUACAGUUUAAAUUGAUGCCUGCUCACCGUGACGGGAACCUUUCGGAUUUCUUCCAGAAGCUUCAAGGAUACAAAACUAAUUGGAGUUUUGACGCUGCUUUACAUCUCAGUAAUUUUAUUUUGGGGGCUUGGUAUUACUUUGCUGUCAAAUUAAAUCAGCCUCUGUCUUGUGCAAGGCAGAACAGCACAGAUAAGAUUCCCCAGUAUUCCAAGCCCGUGUGCUCCUGUGCCGAAGAAAAUAGCUGGUCUACAUCAGCCAACUCAGUGUGCACAGGCUUGAAUUCACUGGGUUCUUCUCCUUCUCCUUAAAUAGGAAAGGAAAAACCUAAAGAGAUUCACACUGCUGCAUUUAAAUGCAAUUUUAUACUUGUUUUUGGAAUGAUUUAGUAUAGUUAGAAAUGUAUAGAGAGUUCUUUUGGCUUACGUUUGAUGUUAAUGAUGCUCAGAUGACAUCUUGUACUUCAAAGGCGAGGUGGCAAUGCAAAAUAUCUCACACGUGUGGACACGCUUUCACACACCCUUGCCUGUGACUAGAGAUGGUCCAGUUUCAGGUAUCUUCACGUGAAUUUUCCCAUCUUAGGGUUGUUCACAGAAGACUUCAAUAUGAGACCGCUUCCCCUGGUGACUUACCCUGUGCCUGUGUUCAUUUCAGAUGUGCUGGAAAAUAUCCAACUGAUUUCAAGUCCAGCUAUGAAAAAAAACCAAGAAGGGGGUCAAGGGACCAUAGGCAUACCCUUGGUAUACUUUAUUAUUAUCAUUAUGUUUUUUGUCACGUACUUUUUAAACCAAACAAAAGUGAUGUGGUGAUUAUUUGACUUUGACUUAUUCAUGCCACUGUCAGGAAAGAUGAGGUCUAGGAAAGUAGAGUCCUGGUGGGGAUAAGAGUGAGGACCCAAACUGGUCCUUUGCUAGCUGGGAAAUGGGCUGAGACACAUGCCCUCUCUGUGCCUCAGUUUCUCUGACUGAGAAUGAGAGGUGGACAAGCUGAGCCCUGAUACCUUCCGAUCUUCCUCAAGAGUGGUUGAGCUGCCUACCCUCUUCUUUCUAUACAAGGGCUCAGUGGCUUGGCGUUCCCAGGGGAAGGCUCCUGCCCACAGAAGUCUGGCUGGGACUGUGGGGACUUGAAGCAUAAACACCUUCAGCCAAUUAUUGCCGUGAAGACUGUGAACUCAGAGAAACUCCAUAUAAUGUUUUCCCAGAGUUCCAGAUUUGGCGGCGGGUGCAGUCAUCCAGUCUAAUAAAUGUUGGCUCCUAACUCAACAAUUAAAAGGAAAACCAGAUCACUACAGGGUGAGUGGAACACAGCAUGUCUGUAGGGCAAAUGGGCUGGUUUGUUUUGGGAGGCACUGGUCAGGGGAGAAAACUAGAUUCCAGACCUUUCGCUCCUGGGUGGCUGCUGAACUGUCAAGUGGAUCGCUGUGCCUGACUCAGUAAGCCGCAGCUCCAGCGAGCACAGGCCUUGGGAUGGUGGUAGAGCCACCACCGCCAGCUGCCUAUCCGUCUGGCAGAGCACGAUUUCCUGUGUCUCUCUUACAGAGGUGAGCAGAUCGCCAGACCAUCCUGUCUCAGCUGGUCAUUUAGCUAGUAGGUGGCAAUGUUUACAAGUGCAUCUUACUUUAUAUCAACAUGAAUUCCUGAAAAGCUGUAUUUCAGUGGAUUAAAAAUAAAUAAAUAAAAAUGUAUUUUGAAUGAGCCUAGGGGAAUUGGCUAUUGAAAAUCAUCCUAAGGUAAAGAUUUUGUUUUUUUAAUGAAGAAACUUUUUAUAAAACAGCAAUCUCUGAUUUUAUAAAUCUUAAUUUUCCUAUGGAUUUUCUGAAAGUGGAAUGUAAUUAUAGGGAUACAUUGUAAGGAUUGCAUCAGCGACCUAUAACCCAGUUUGGGUUACUGAAAAUGAAAUUUCUGUAUUAUCAAUUAACAAUUGCUACAGUUUUCACUCUACAAGUAUGUACUGUAAAAUGAUUACAGGAAAACAAAUUUAUUUUAGAGCUGGGAAAACUAGAGUUUAAAGAUCAAGGAUUUCCCUUUCUCCCUAGUGUUGUUAAUUUUAUUAUAACUUCAGGUAAGGGUCUUAACCAACUGGUGCCUCAACUUCUUUCACAGAGAAUAACUUCAGAGAUGCUGGCAUGGAUGAAGGUCAAGGGCAUUUUGAAUUUGCUAUCCUCUCAGGGCAAGGUGUACAGGGUGCCAUGAACCAUAGUGUUCAAGGCUCACGACCAGAUUUAUUUCUCCAGCUUGUACCUACACCUGGCCAGACCUCACUUGCUAUAAGAUGCAUGGAGGAAAGGGGCAACAUAUACUGUUAAGUGGCUUUUAAAGUCACAUGGUUUCUAAACCUGAAUCCUCCUGAUUGGAAAGCAUGAUGGAGAAUAACUCAUCUGUCCUGUUAGGUAUAACUUGGAGAUUCUGGACAAAGCUAAUAUCCCUUUAACUCAUAACCCAGAACCCAGUGGUUCGUUUGCCAAGAGAUUAAAAACAAAACAAAACAGGGGAAGGGAACCCCUGGAUUCUAAUCAGAACUAGAUCUAAUCUAAUUCUAAUCACAAUCCUGCCAAUAGCAUGGUAGGUAACCAAGGGCAAGUUAAACAUUUCCUUCCUAAAAUCCCUCCUCUCAAGCUCACAUGGGAAGAGUAGCCUUACGACUAUGCACUGUGACCACAGUUCUUGGCAUGAAAGAUGAAUGAUUUGCAGCCUCAUGCCAAAAUGUGUUUCCUUGCAUUUACAUUCAUUACUUAGAAUGAUCACAUUAUUCAUUUUUUUCCCCAGCAUAGAAAUUUGCAUUUUGCACAAAAUUUGCCUGGUGCAGCAGAUUUUUAUAGUUACAGAGACUGUCAUCAAUACCAGAAUGUGCUGCUGCUCAACUCCCUGGACAUAAUUUAAUAUGGUGAGGAGAAAAUGGUCUGCCUGGAUGUAUGGUGAUCAUAUUUCUACAACUGCAGCAAACAGAGCUUGUGCAUUUUUCCUCACUUCAGUUGUGAUUCCCAUAGUUCUUGUGAAGGAGACACUGGCUUUUGAAACACUACAUUUCUCAGUACUUAGGUACAAUUGCUUAUCCUUAUCUUUUUGAACUCAUUAAAUAUAAGUGUCAGGACCCAAAAAAUCUUGUGUGCUAGAUUUGUACCCUGCACAUUUCUUUUCACCCAUGCUUUGUACUUAUUUGAGAAUCUAUAUAAUUCACUCUGAAGGAGUAUUGGAAGAUUUGAGCAUAUUGCUUUACCAUUGGAAGAAGAAGAGCCAGGGAAAAGUGUCAACUUCGGUCACUUACAGCCCUCAAGAAUGACUCACUAUCUUCGAAAUGCAGUCAACUGUUCAGAACUUACUGCUCUUUUCAAUUGUUCAUAACCAGGGAAGCAAUUGGCUUCCCGGUUGUUGGUUGACAUUUAUUUCCUCUUUAUAUGGUUAAAUUAUUUUGUUUUGAUAAAAAUAAAACUGAAAAUGGAAA